CGCCCGAGCACCUCGCGGCGCGGUCCCGCUCCGCCCUCGGCUGCGCUCGGCUCCCGCAGGCGCUCGGCCCUGCGCCCUCGGUCCCCUCCCCGCCCGCUGGACAGGGAGAACAAUGGCAGGGUCCACUGUCCCCAAGGUCCCCAUGCUGUUCCUGGUCCUCCUGCUAUUUCCGGAGCUCCACGUGGCAGGAUCCUCUGCCCAGAACCUGCCUGAAACCCCUCCGCACUUCCCCAGCUCUACACUAUGGGUGCCUCAGGCCAGCCAUCAUGGCCGAAGGGGCCCGGGCAAGAAGGACAGGGGCCCAGGCAUGCCCAGCCGGGCCCAGGAGGGGGCUGCGCUCACUGCCGCUAGGCAGGCUUCCCGGAUAACGCUUGGACAGCGCCCUGCUGGCCUUCCACAGGACAACGAGAUGCUUCUGGGACUGGCUUUGCCCCAUCCGGAGAAGGAGCCGCGCUCUUCCGGAUGGGAGAGGCUGAAGAAACGCGGCAGAGAGCACAAGAGACGCAGGGACCGGCUGCGACUGCACCGAGGCCGAGCUGCCAUCCGUGGCCCCAGCUCCCUAAUGAAGAAGGUGGAACCCUCUGACGACCAGAUGCUGGAGGCUGCCACAGAGGAGUCCUCUACCAGCCUGGCGCCCACCAUGCUCUUCCUAACCACGGCAGACGCAGCCACGCCCACCACAGAGGAGUCGCGGAUCCUGCCCGUCACCUCCCUGCGGCCCCAGGCACAGCCCAGGUCUGAUGGGGACGUAAUGCCCACACUGGAUAUGGCCUUAUUUGACUGGACUGACUAUGAAGACUUAAAGCCAGAGGUGUGGCCUUCUGCAAAGAAGAAAGAGAAACACUGGAGUCACUUCACCAGUGAUGGAAACGAGACAUCGCAAGCUGAGGGGGAACCAUGUGACCAUCACCAGGAUUGCCUGCCAGGAACAUGCUGUGACCUCCGGGAACAUCUCUGCGUGCCUCACAACCGCGGCCUCAACAACAAAUGCUUCGAUGACUGCAUGUGCAUGGAAGGGCUGCGUUGCUACGCCAAAUUCCACCGGAACCGCAGGGUCACUCGGAGGAAGGGGCGCUGCGUGGAACCAGAGACAGUCAACGGGGACCAGGGUUCCUUCAUCAACAUCUAGCGCCCGAGUGGUGCCUCCCCACCAGCCGGGCAUCUGAGCCAGGGAGGUGUGGACAAACAAGACCGUCGUGUUAGUAACUAGCUCAGCUUGGGGCUGAGUGGGGGAACCCAUGGCUGAGGCUGCGGGUGCAGACCCAGUACACUCACCCCCAAGCUGGAGGACGCCUUGGCUGAGACAGCUGCGCCUGCCACCCGCGGUGGGACCCACGCAGCUCGUGCACGGAUCCUGCCCUACGUGAUAGCCUUGUCGAGCGCGCCCCCUUCUGCUCGACACCAGCAUUGCAGCAGCUUCGAUUUGGAAAAUCAAGAGAUUUCCUGGAAACGACUGGGAAGAGAGAGGGCACCUGACAGUAGUGGUCCUGGAAUUCCAUGUCCCGGGCAAACUCCAAGCACCACUGAACUUCCACAGAGACCGUGACAAGAGACCACCGAAGCACACUUGAGUUGCAAGACUUGUGCAGGUCCCACAUCAUCCAAGAUUCUCCUUUUUUGGCAACAGACACAACUUGACUGUCUUCAGCCUUCCCCAAAAGAGGCUUAUUGUCUUUUGGGGAGAUGGAGUUUCACUCUUUGGCCAAGCUGGCCUUUGAAAACUCAGACAAUCCUCCUGCCUCAGUCUUCCAAAUGCUGGGAUUACCAGGUGUGAGUCAGCAUAUUUGGCAGGUGUAGCAAUCAUUCUUUACAAAGAAAGCGUGAGGGCAGGGGUGUGGCUAAGUUUAUAUCGCCCUCACCUCGGGUGCAUGAACCCUGGUUUCCACCCCCAAGCAUGGUGUCAGAGGCAGGCAGUGGCAGGAGGACCGGAAGUGAACGGUCGUCUUCGGCUCCGUGGCAAGUGUGAGCCAGACCACAGGAGACGGUAUCUCAAGCAAAACAAAAUAAGCCAUUUGCCCAGGCUGCACAGGGCCGGCCCUGGGUUUGAUCUCCGCUCAUUCUCCUCCCCUCCAUUCCCUCGACUUCCCCCAGGCCCCUACACGGGGGUGGGGGUGGGGCUGCUUUCAGAUGAAGAAGGACCCCAUGGGUGGGUCCUUCCAUCUGGCAGGUGCUAAUCAGUCAUGAAGUGACACACAGUAACUUCCCUGAUGGCCCCAUCAUCCAACCCUGGGACACGGGUCACCGCCUGCUAAGUCGUCCUCUGAGCAUGCUCCCUGCUGGAAAGGCAUGCACACAUGUGCUCACCUGACUCAUUGUUUGCUGAUUUCCUGAGGCUCCAUCCCUUCACUUCAGCAGCAAUAUCCCCUUGGAAAGUGGGGCCACUUCUGAGACUGGGGCAGCCUUCAUGCUCACAGGCUAGGACCAUGAUGACAACCUCGACACUAUCGUCCCCACCCGGAAUAUGUGUCCCAGCAGAUGUGGCUCUGGAGGACCCUUUAGACUCCUGUACCUGGCAUCUCCCUCCUGGUCAACUUGUACAAAGGAAAAAAGCCUUCCCUGCCCCAGUCCUCCCCAGCCUGGACCACGUCCAUAGGAUGCCGGGGCUGUUUACGGCUUUGUGGUAUCCAGUCUGGUCCAGGGACCAGGCACCAAGGAAAGCAGGCGGAUCUGUAAGAAAUCAAAUAUGCUUGUUCUCCUUUCCCAGGUUGGUCUGAUAGGCCUGGGAAUGGGGGGCAGGGCCAAGAGCCGGAAGGAUGAAAGCAGCAAGGGGAAAGCAGAGCCCUAUACAGAUUCUUGUUUCCCCUUUCGUAGUUCCAGGGCCUUGCAGGGGCCAGGCAAGUGCCCUGCUACUGAGCUCCACGCUAACCGGCCUGGGCUUUAAAGUCUCCAGAGCCUCCUCAGGGGGCUGCCAUGGCAACCAGAGCUGAGAACAUUGGUCCCCCGUCCUCCCACCUGCAGCAGCACCCUGCUGUAAACAGCCUGUCCCUCCUCUCACACUUUGUGGGCCUUAGGGAAGUUGCUUAUGGUCUCUGUGCCUUGACUUUUAUCUGUGAAAUGAAAAUACCUGAUUCUUUUAACUGUUCCUGGCCCAUCACACACACACACACACACACACACACUCUCUCUCUCACACACUCACACACACCUGGAAUACCAGCUAACAGACUUCAGCAGGCUUCUUCCACAGGGAUCCAUCACAUACUCAAUGAUGCUUUUUUCUCUCUCUCUCUAUAGCUUUGGAGCUUGUCCUAGAACUCACUCUGUAGACCAGGCUGGCCUUGAACUCACCUGUUGCUGCCUAUAGUGUUGCGAUUAAGGGCAUGUGCCAUCAUCACCUGGCUUUGAUGAUACUUUGUUUAAAUGGUGUCUCACUAUGCAGAUCUGGCUGACCUGCAACUCAUGAUGCAGACCAGGCUGGCCUUGAACUCACAGAGAUCCGCCUGCCUCUGCCUCCCGAGUGCUGGGGUUAAAGGGUUGCACUACCAUGCCUAGUUCAGGAUGCUUUCUUUGGUUGCUCCCAAGUGCACUUCACUGGUGUAGUGGUGCACGCCUUUAACCCCAGCAUUUGGGAGACAGAGGCAGGUGGAUCUCUGUGAGUUCAAGGCCAGCCUGGUCUACAAAGAGAGUUCCCAGACAGCCAGGGCUAAGUAGAUAGACCCUGCCUCAAACAAAUAAAUGAACAAAAAACAAAGUGCCCUUCACAAAACCAAGCGAUGACUCGGGAAGAGAAUAUGGGUUCCUGCGCUGGGGGCAGACCUGGAGGAACCUGUGGCCACACAGAAUCAGGUUUGUGAGAAGAAAAGAGGACCCUGGUGGAGAGCUGAGCAGGGGCUAACAGAUGCCCAGACAGACACCUGAGCUGAAGCCUCAAGGUCAUGCUGACCAAUCCCAAUGUCCCUGGACAGGGAGUAUUUUUCUGGGCUUUUUUUUUUUUUUGAGGGGGUGGUUUUUCAAGACAGGGUUUCUCUGUGGCUUUGGAGAACUGUGUCCUGGAACUAACUCUUGUAGACCAGGCUGGUCUCAAACUCACAGAGAUCUGCCUGCCUGCCUCUGCCUCCCGAGUGCUGGGAUUACAGGCGUGCACCACCACAGCCCGGCCUGUUUUUCUGGGCUUUGCUGGCGAUAUGAAGGGUGGUUUCCGUGGUGGGUAGAAGGGGGCUGAGGGGACCUGAGAUGCAAACGUCAAAGCAAAAUGACAUCAUCUGCUCCUCGAGGAGGUCAAAUUUGAAGGCUACACCCCUUCUCCUGCUGAGGUGCUGAAGAGUCCUCCCCAAGCCUCAUUCAGCCUUGCCCAGGCUCCCUCUGCAGCUGCCCACAAUUAGCAUCUGUGCAGCCUGCAAGGAGCAUGCUUAGACAGUAAGGAACCAGGAGGCCUGGGUGCCAGGAAAGUGGGGUCUGGAGAGGCCAGCAGCUGAGGUUCCCCUUUGAGGGUUCUGGGGGCCUGACUACGUUAAUCCUGGCCCUCCAUGGCAGCUUGCACGCUCACAGACCACAGUGAGUGUGUGCUUACAGGCCAUAGAUACUGUGUGCACACAGAAGAGGGGUGGUCAGGGUAAGCAGGCUGCGAGCAGAACAAGGGGUUUACACUGCCGGGAGUGGGGUUUCCAAAUUCCCAGGAAGAGCAGGUGAUCUGGGUCAGAUCUAUGGCCAAGCUACUCCUGGUUGCAAAGGCCCAGCAUCACCCGGGAGUCAGGCAGAAGCACAGAACCUUGGACCCCACUCCACACCUGCUGAACUGCAGUCACAGGAGUGGCCCCCCACCCUACCCUCCAGCCCCUGGCAUCUGGCUUCUAACGCAUUCUCCAGGGUACUCUUGGAUGGGAUGGGUGUGAGGGUCACAGACGGAGGGUAGAUGCUGGUAGUGGGGACAUUUGGACAAUUCAGCACUCUUGCAUUCACUAUGGCUUGCCAACUCUGAGGUCUGUUUCCUGGCAACUUACCAGCAAGGACAAACUCCACGAUCCAAGGUCUGCCUCCUGGGCUGUCAUUGGCUCUGCUUAGAGGAUGCCAGGUAGGGCUCCUAGGCCUGGAGCCUCCAUCAUUGGACUUUUGUACUCUUGGGAAAUUCCUUGAAGGGCUGUAGCUCCUCCUUGAAUUGUGGGAGAGACAAGGGGGGUACUAUGCCUUGGUUUAUGAGGCCAUAUUGCAUGUAUUCUCUGAGCUGUAAAUAAAGAGGUGCUGAUUGCUAA